AUGCGUCUUUCUUCUGAGUUGUUGCUCUUUGGACUGGUAACGGCCAUUAACGCCGACGUUGUCGGGAAGAGAGCGACAUCCACAGUUCCCGAUUACUUCCAGACAAGCUAUGGCCCAUACGCAGGUCCGACAGAGGCUGGGCAGCCACCAUUUCUGGCUCAGGCGAACCCGGCAACGCUUGGAAAUCGUAACUAUGUGCCUAACACUCCGGUGGUGACCGCUGUGCCCAUCGUUGGAUGCUCGGACGGUGCCGAAGUGUUCAAACAUAUGGGUAACCUCUCUCCCUAUAUGCCAAAUCCCUCUGGAUUCGGGGUCGAGGAAUUCCCACUGCCCGCUGGCACCAACAUCACCCAAAUGCACAUGGUUCAUCGGCAUGGAUCUCGAUACCCAACCUCCAGCGCCUCUGUGGCCACACUACCAAACCGUAUAGCGGAUCUUCUCGGAAACGGAACUCGCUUCCUCGGCGAUUUGGCGUUCCUCAACAGUUGGACAUAUCAACUGGGAAAGGAAGAACUAACAGCACUUGGACGUCAACAACUUUUCGAUAGUGGUGUCCUUAACUAUUUCAAUUAUGGUCGACUUUAUGACGGUUCCAAAAAACUAAUUGCUCGCACCACCACGCAAGUGCGAAUGCUGCAGUCGGCCGAAAAUUUCUUAAGUGGAUUUUUUGGACCGGAUUGGACGAAGAACGUCACACUCGAGGUCAUGAUUGAAGAGUACGGUUUUAACAAUUCCCUCGCUGGCGAUAAGGAGUGCACCAAUUCCAAGAACGGUCGAUCAGACGCCGGAGACGAUGCAUCGAGCCAGUGGCAGGAAAUAUAUCUGAAACGUGCAACGGAUCGAUUCCGCCGCUCAAUGACGGGCAAUCCAAACUGGACGACAGCGGACACGUAUAAUGCACAGACUAUGUGUCCAUAUGAGACAGUUGGCUUGGGAUAUAGCCCUUUUUGUUCGCUGUUCACCUGGGACGAGUGGUUGGGCUUUGAAUAUAGUCUUGACCUAAGUUACUAUGGAGGCAAUGGCUUUGGGUCGCCCACCGGACGAGCAGUUGGCGUUGGCUAUGUUGAAGAGCUUCUCGCCAGAUUACAGCAGCAGGGCCCUCCUUCGGGCGAGAAUAAUGUUGCCUUCAAUGAAACAUUGGACAGCAACCCCAGUACUUUCCCUCUGGACCAGACAUUAUAUUUGGACUUCAGUCACGAUACUGUCAUCAUGUCCAUGUUGACUGCCAUGGGCUUAACGCAAUUUGGACAGUUCUUGCCCCCUACAGGACCACCGCCGGACCGGCAGUUAAUUGUCAGCCAUAUUGUUCCUUUUGCAGGUCGGUUCAAUAUAGAGGUGAUCAAAGCGCCGCGACCAGUGCGUGUAAGACGAUCACAAGAUCCUCACAAGCCCGCAUAUGAAUCGGAAGGACACGAAACAACCUACAUCCACAUGUUGAUGAAUCAGCGGACAAUCCCACUUGGCCACAGUAUCCCAGAGUGUGGUCAGCGGGAUGACGGGUGGUGCGAAUUAAAGACGUUCAUUAAAGCCCAGAAAGAAAACGUUGCAAAGGCAAAAUAUGCUGAGAGUUGUUUCGGCAACUACUCCGCCCCGGCGUACGGUGAUAUCACGACCGGCGCAAUCUGA